UUAUAGACAAAAAAUAGUAUAAAUUACGAAAAACUUUGACUUAUCUCAUGUAAUCUGAGUAUCUGACCCACUGUUAUAAGACAAAAAAAUUUGGUGAUUCAUUCGGCCAAACAUAUAAUCCACUAUCGGCUUAAUUCACCAAUCGCAGCCGUUGUGUGACAUACUAGACGGCUAGAAGCAGACAGGGGCGGGAGACUUAUAAGUUAAUAGUAAGUUGAUGCUUGAUAGAGAGAGAAACAUGAGCCAGUUGGAGUCAAACAUUCCGAGUGACGGGGGUGAAACUUUAGUGGAAGCAGCCUUACGAGUGCUCAACACAGCGGACCCCGUUGAAAAGGCUAAACUUGGCGACGCUAUUGCGUGCAAAUGGCUCCAAGGCGUCAUUUCUCAACCUUACCAUCCUUCCAUCGACCUUCACAUCCCCGACCGUCCUGCCCGCCUCACUAACGUUAAGUUGGUAUCGCCGAGUCUGAUGCCUAAGCUGGGCAGAGCUGGGAGCCUCCAGAGCCGUCAAGCAAUCAUUCAUAGUCUUGUCCAUAUCGAGAGUUGGGCCAUUGACUUGUCAUGGGAUAUUAUUGCUCGCUUUGGCAAACAACAGACAAUGCCAAGGGAAUUUUUUACAGAUUUUGUCAAAGUAGCUCAGGAUGAAGGCAGACACUUCAGCCUUCUUGCUACCCGGCUUGAGGAACUGGGCUCUUCUUAUGGUGCUUUGCCGGCCCACGAUGGACUAUGGGACUCGGCCACUGCAACAUCAAAAGACCUCAUGGCGCGGUUAGCAAUUGAACAUUGCGUCCAUGAGGCCAGAGGACUUGAUGUGAUGCCAACAACAGUUGCUCGUUUCCGUGCUGGUGGUGAUCAUAAAACAGCAGAUUUACUUGAAACAGUGAUUUAUCCCGAAGAGAUCACUCAUUGUGCUGCUGGGGUUAAAUGGUUCAAUUAUCUUUGCUUGAGAUCUACAGAUCUUGCUCAAACUGAUGAGAGCAGAAAUAAGCAAGUACAGGUUGAUGUCGAAGUCAUUCAGAAAUUUCACGCAACAGUUAGAACUUAUUUCAGGGGGCCCUUGAAACCUCCUUUCAAUGUAGAAGCAAGGAGAGCUGCUGGCUUUCUCCCUGAAUGGUAUGAACCUCUUGCUGUCAAAGAGUCGGAUAUUUCUCCUAAUAGUAAAAAAAUUAACCCUUAAAAUGAUUUUAGUGCUGAUUGCUUUACGAUCAAUGGCUGUAACCUGGCUUCUAUUGCAGUCAGUUAUUCAAUUUCAUAAUCAAAGAUAGGAAAUAUGAUCUUGUACUUUGGGACUAGAAGGUUUAUCAAUGAACCCACUCAAUGCAUAUCAUGAUUCAUGAUUAUGCUUCUUUUUUUCGAUAA